AUGUUGAGUUGGCCGUCCGCACUCUCCAGCAACGCAGCCAGCAGGCUUGGCCAGUGGCGGGAACAAAGAGAUUUUCCUCGUCCAGCGGAGCGCUUAUCCUGCCGGUCAAGUUGGAAGCGUGGUCACGCCCUAGCUAUCUCUUCUGCCAUCGCAUUAUGGGCAAGGUCAGGAGGUCGUCGGUCAGACAAAGGUGCUUGUCUGGCCACGCGCCAGGCUCCUCCUCGACCCCCGAAAGAAGAUCCGACCCCAUUUCCUCGGCAGCCGAUUUUUCCGCCUGCGGCAUUUCACCUUCUGGGGCUCUUCCACUCCGAGGAUCCAGACCUCGAGGAGCUGAUCGAUGCGCUUGAAGAUCUGCAGGAUCUGCAUGAAACAGACAGGAAGCUCACUCGCGCAGGCGAGCAGCUGAAGAGCUUGCUGGAUCCAAUUAUCCUGCCAACUGUGGAUCAGUUCCCACAGAUCACGUGCGGCUUCCUCAUUGCCUUCCACGUUUGUUUCAUCUUGCUUGCAGGUCAGAUUCUGAACUUCGUUUGGAAAUCUGGAAGCCCGGGCAGUCUGCUUCAAGGACCAUAUGAUUUUGUCCGACAGCUGCCCGGAGCUUCAUCACCACUUUUCUUUGUGGUGCCUUACGCCGUGACUCAUGUUUUAACCUGCUCGGUGUACCUCCUGUUGGAUUGGUGGAGACCUACCGUGGUCCAGAAGAUGAUGGCGCAGAACCGGCCAGCUGGCGACUGGGGAGGUCCAGAUCUUGGCUUGACCCGGACAUUGUUGACGCAGCUCUCAGUGCUUCCCUUCACGGGAAGUGUGGCAGCUCUCAUGAUCAUCAGGGGUGGGCCAGUUCCAUACACGAGUCCGUGGGUAGCCACAUGUCUCGACGCCUGUCACCUAGAGUUGCCGGAGCGAGCCCCUUCUGUGCUCGAACUGGUCGUGCACGUUGCCUUCUGCCUGGUAAUCACUGACAUUGCGUACGGCUACCUUCACUGGCAAAUGCAUCGGCACCGAAGCCUCUGGAAACACAUCCACUCCCUACAUCACGAGUACAAGGAGACGUUUGUUACAGUUGGCCCUCAUGUCCAAUUCAUGGAAUUCCUCUCCGUCUUCACCUUCGGGGUGUUUGCUCCAGCCGCUUGCGGCGCACAUCCGCUGACUUCUUGGGUGUGGUAUAUCUUGUUCACCCAGAUGAGCCUUGAGGCCCAUACUGGUUGGCGACAAACUCCGCUCGGCUAUUUGAUGAACUUGUUGACAUUCGGCAACUUCGGUGGCAGCAUGCACCAUCAUUUGCACCAUGCAGUUGUUUGGGGCAACUACGCGCCGUUCUUGACAUACUUUGACCGACUUGUCGGCACGGAAGUGGAGGAUGUCUUGCCAGAUGCACCACAGGUCACGGGUGAUGCAGCUCCCCACGCGGCUGUUGAGGUCUUGGAGACAACGUUGUACAAGGAGGUAGCCUUUCAGGGUAGCGAAGCAGCCACGACGCUGAGAUCGGAGGAGCAGAAGGUGCUCCACUUAUUGGGAUCUGCUGCACGCACCCGAACGCCGCCGCCACGAAAGCUUGACUGA